AUGACUGCUGCUGUGAAACAUCCUGCUGUGGACCUCGAUGUUCUGAUUGAGCAACUUCAGCGUGUCAUUGCCAAUCCGGAAGCAGUUGCGGCUGCUGGUCCUCAGAGACAAGAGGUUCUGCAGCUUGCUCGAACUGCGGCCGUUGCAAUUGAAGAACCGUUUGAAACGGUCCAACGGCUUGCUUACUCUCCACUGCCAUUGAUUACCACCCGAGUUGCGCAAGAACACAAGAUCUUUGCAACUCUCGUCGCCGCCAAAGAACCAGUUAGCCUUGCAAACCUUCAAAAUGCAACCGGCUUGGAAGAAGGUGUCCUUGAAUCCAUCCUGGACUACCUCUGCACUCAGGGUAUGAUCGACGAAAUUACCCCUGGAAACUUCGCUGCCACAAAGCUGUCCAACUUGAUGAUGGUUCCAUUGUUCCAGGACGCCGUGACGCACUUCCAUGAUAAUUGUCUGCCGGGAUUCGGGGCGCUCAAUACAGUCCUCAGUCAACCCGAAGCCAAGCUUAAUGCCUUCAAAACAGGACAGCGCUCUGAUGUCGACUUCUACACAUGGUUAGAGACACACCCAGUGCAGCAAGGUGCAUUCCAUCGAUUCAUGGAGGCACAAUUUGCUAGCCUACCAACUUGGCUUGACGUCGUGGACUUCAAGACGGAAAUGGGCAAGGACCUCGCGUCUUCUGAUGUGGCCUUUGUAGAUGUUGGUGGCGGUAACGGCCAGCAAUGCGCUUCGCUGAGGCAGAAGUUCCCCGAUCUCCAAGGGCGCAUUGUUCUCCAGGACAGGCCUGAUGUUCUGAAAAUAGCUUUGCCUGUUGAUAACAUGGAUAAGAUGGACUAUGAUUAUCUGACAGAGCAGCCUGUCAAGAAUGCACGCGUAUACUACUUCCGCCAGAUCAUGCACAACAAUGAUGACGAAACUUGCAUCCGAAUCCUGCAAUCUCAGCUCCCUGCCAUGGGACCAAAUAGCGUGAUCAUCAUCGAUGACAAGACUUUGCCGGAUAACAAGCCACCUCAGGGGACUCCGGGUGUUGAAUAUACCGCUGGUUUGAGCAUAGCCAUGAAGGUCAUGUUUGAUGCGCAGGAACGGCGCGAGGCACACUGGCGGGAGUUGCUCGGUAAGGCUGGUCUGGUGAUUAAGGAUAUUCGGAAGUUUACCAAGUUUGAAGAUUCGGCUAUUAUCGCUACCAAGGCUUCUUGA